UCCUUGCUUGUGUGGAAGAUGUCCUGCUCCAGCCUGUGUGCCCCUGCCUGUGGGGUGGCCGCCCCGGCCCCACUGGCUGACAGCUACAACGAGCUCUGCGUGCGCCAGUGCCCCGACUCCACCGUGGUGAUCCAACCCCCGGCCUCCGUGGUCACCUUCCCCGGGCCCAUCCUCAGCUCCUUCCCACAGAACGCUGUGGUUGGCUCAGCAGGAGUGCCCGCCGUUGGAUCUGGCUUGGGUGGCACCUUUGGACGUAGUGCCGGCUUUGGGGGCUAUGGAGGCCUGGGAGGCUAUGGUGGCUCUUAUGGCCUUGGGGGCUUUGGGGGCUAUGGAGGCUUUGGCAGCUGUGGAUACGGUGGCUUGCGCCGAGGUCUGGGAUACCUCAGCGGCAGCUGUGGGCCCUGCUAAGCACAGCAGUGCCUCUGUCUGCGGUUGAAGGAGAGUUCUGAAGAAGCUCCUGAAGAAACAUGUCCCCACCUGAUGCCAUG